AGUUGAUUUUUUGCCGACUCGGAAGAAAUUGUUGGCAUUGGUCAUGGAAACGGCUUCUUCAUGUCCGCUUCUGUACACUCUCCGCCUUGCGAGUUCCCUCGAUAACCGCAAAUACUGCUAUUCGAAAAGCUUCAGCUGCGACCACAGCAGUCUCCAUUUACUUCCUUCGUUAACAUUCACUUCCCCGAGAAACUUCAGUUUUCCCGGAAAGUAUUUGCAGUUCAAUCGAUUCACAGCUCUCAGCUCUUCCUCCUCCAGUCCCCAUGCCCAAAACUCAUCUAAUGAACUCGCUAUUCUUCUUGAAGUUGAUGGAGUCCUCAUUGAUGCAUAUCGAUCUGGAAAUCGCCAAGCCUUCAAUGUAGCAUUUCAAAAGCUCGGUCUUGAUUGCGCGAAUUGGAGUGAACCUGUAUAUUUGGACCUUGUAAGGAAGAGUGCCGGGGAUGAGGAAAGGAUGCUGGUUCUGUACUUCAACCGGAUUGGUUGGCCAUCUUCAUUGCCCACAAGUGAGAAAGAAGCAUUUGUUAAAAGUGUCUUGCGAGAAAAGAAACAGGCAUUGGAUGAGUUCCUGAUUUCAAAAGAUUCACCUUUACGACCAGGAGUUGAGGGAUUUAUUGAUGACUCAUGGAAUGAAGGGAUACCUGUGGUCAUCCUGACAUCUUAUAGUAAAGGUGGAGACAAAAUUUCCAGGUCAAUUAUUGAAAAGCUUGGAUUUGAGAGAAUUUCAAAGAUAAAGAUUGUAGGGGAUGAGGAAGUUAAUCAGAGUUUAUAUGGCCAACUUGUUCUUGGUAAGCGAAUACCAUCCGACUUGGAUGAGCAGCUAGCUAAAGAAGCAAGCAAAGCAGUUUCUGCCGAAAAACAAAGAGUGGCAGAAGAGGUUGCAUCCAUGCUAAAGUUGAGUGUCGAGAUUGAUACUGGCUCAUCAGAGAGCUUAGAGAAGGUUGUCGCUGCAUUGCGUGCUGGUGCGGAAUAUGCUGGGCUACCGGUCAAAAACUGCAUGCUUAUUGCAGGAAGCAAACCUGGUGUAGCUGGUGCAGAGAGAAUUGGAAUGCCAUGUGUUGUUUUACGGAGCAGCCUGACAUCUAGAGCUGAGUUCCCCACAGCAGUUGCUAUAAUGGAUGGGUUCGGAGGUGCAGACCUGUCAAUAAAUAAGCUACUCCAGAAGCGAAGUCCAGGACAUUAAUUUGAGUUCUGGUUGAGAAAUAUAUCCUCCAAACUUGAACAAUUCUAUUUUCUCACAGAAUACAGGACAUGAACCUGUCUAAAUACACUUGCUAGAAAUAAUUCCAAGGAACCCUUCUCUAAAGAACAGGUUUUUUUUAACCUUUGUAGGUAUAAAUUGGAUCUAAGUAUA